AUGAAAUCUGCACCUCAGAGCCAGAACAAAGUAUCUUUACUGCUACUCUUAGCCACAGCUGGCUAUACCUUAGCCAUUCCUUUUGAGUUCGAGUUAGAAAAAUCUAUUCCACCAUUUGGAAUUGGCGUUCCACCUUUACCGGAAGCGAUAGCCAAAGAAACUGAUCUCGAAAAGGGACUAGAAAUAGCAAAGAAGCUUUCAUUCGACAAAUCUUGGCCAUGGUUGGAGAAAGAAUUCGCUUUUGACAAAGGCGUAGACGUCGGCAUUGGACUCGGCCGAGAGUUCGAAUUCGAAAAAGGGGUCGGACUUGGUGUCGAAAAAGGUGUCGGACUUGGAAUUGGCAUCGAGAAAGCCUGGGUCGAGAAAACCUUCCCCUGGUGGCUUCUUCAUGAGAAGUACUUUGGUGUCGAAAAGAAGCUGACUUUUGAACAAGCUCUUGCGUUUGAGUUGUACAAGAAGUAUGGGUAUUAUGGACUGUGGAUCGCUAGAGAAUUGGAAAGGAGAUUCAAAAUCGCCAAGGAGCUUGGUCUUAUUGGGAGAGAAGUUGCUUUCCAGGAAGGCAUUUCUCUUGGAUUGUUUAAAGGAAUUGGACUGGAGAAGAUAUUUGAGGCAUCUUUAAAAGCCAUUGGUGUGGAAGUGGAGAAGAAAACUGAAUUCGAUAAAGUCUUUGGUUUUUUCAAGCCAUUCUGA